AUUUACCAAAGACACAGGACAUCACCGAUAGCUAAUUUUAAAUAAAGACGUUUGCAUUCAAAGCUGUUGCAGUCUGUACUUCAAGUUUUUCCUUGAGGGAGACCAUGUGGUAAUAUUCUGUAAUGGCCGGACGAAUCCCACUGGUUCUUUUGGCCUGCGGCUCCUUCAACCCCAUUACCUAUCAGCACAUGCGGCUGUUUGAAUUGGCCAGGGAUCACAUGCAUCAGACAGGGCAGUAUCAGGUGAUUGGUGGGAUUGUGUCUCCAGUGAGUGACAGAUACGGGAAACAGGGUCUUGCCCUGGCAAAACAUCGCCUUGCCAUGGCCAGAAUGGCACUGCAAAACUCAGACUGGGUCAUCGUCGAUGACUGGGAGAGCCAGCAGCCUGACUGGACAGAAACACUGGUCACCAUGAGGUACCACUACAGCCGCAUAGCAGAGAAAUACCAGCGAAGGAUCAGUGACACACCCCUUGAGCAAAAGCCCGCCUCCUGUGUUCCCCAGCUGAAGCUGUUGUGUGGAGCUGAUUUUAUGGACACUUUUAAAGUCCCAGGUCUCUGGAGGGAAGAUCACAUAGAAGAAGUGGUGGGGCGCUUUGGCCUGGUAUGCGUGAGUCGCGGGAGUCUAGAGCCGGACCGCGCCAUACACGAAUCCGACACGCUAUGCCGGCACCAGCAAAACAUCUUCCUGGUGCGCGAGUGGAUCCACAACGAAAUCAGUGCCACAGAGAUCCGACGAGCCCUUCGCAGAGGCCUCAGUGUGAAGUACCUCCUGCCGGACUCUGUUAUCCAGUACAUCAAAGAACACAACCUUUAUACCCAUGACAGUGAGCUGAUGAAUAAGGACUCUAAACUACGACCCCUUACCAAGCAGACAGUAGAGGAUUGAACCAUGCAGACAACAGUAACUUUUCAUGGCCCGAUACAGGGUACAAUGCAGUGAGAUUGGUUUUCCACUAACGGGACGUCAACAUUUAAUCAUGUCUAAACUUGUUUGUAGCAAAAGAUCUCAAGGUUUAGGUUGCCCUCUCAAAAAGUGCAAAGAACUAGAUAUCGGAAAAUUUCAUAGCCAUGAGUGUUUUGUGUGACGAUCGGAUAUUCUAAUUUGAUGCGGGCUGAGAGAUUAAAGCCUUUUCCUCUCUGUUUUAAGGAGAAACAGCUUUCAGAUUGCAGCAGAAUAUGUUUGUACAGCAGUGCAGGUUUGAGGUUUUGUAGUGAAUGUCACAAGGAAGAUAAAUAGCAUAUCCUUGACAAGCUGGGGUUCAAACACUGCUUCUCUCUCUCUUUCUUUUUUUUUUUUUUUCCCUGAGUUGUGCACUUAACAUUAUGAGUGUUGUCAGCUCCCUGAGU